AUGUUGAGAAUAGCUCUUGUGUUGUUUCUUGUUCAUCUCAGCUCAGCCGAAUGGUAUUGUGGAGUCUACAGUGUUGAUAGCUUCUUAUCCCGAGUUCUCUGCUAUCCAUCCACCUACUCCAAUGAAAUCAAUCAAUGCUGUCGUAUACAUGACCGUGAUUAUGAUGACAUAGAAGCUAAAAGAUGUGAUUUGAUGCAGACAUACUGUACGCAUAAACGAACAGUCUCUGAUGAACAGUUUUGCAGUUGUUUGAAAGGAGUUCCCAGCUUAUACGUGAGAGCUAUUGUUGCGCCAACAUUCUGUGGAGUUGUCAACGUUUUCUCUUUCUUCAAAAAUAUCUUUUAG